AUGGCAGCACAGGACGAUUCGAGCCAGCUCGCCAUGAUGACCGAGGCGUUGACCGUACAGGAACGUCCCAGCUUCAUCCAGCUGAGCGACUCUUAUAAAAAGGUCGGCUUCGUCAAGGUUGAGAUCAAUCAAGACAAAGCUGACUCGGACUGGGAUACAUGGAGAUUCGCCUUGAUCCCUGACGCCGCUGACACGACGGCCGAUGAAGCGGGUCGUGAUGUCCUCCAAGACUUUACCGGAGAGUUCUACAGACCCAGCUUUGAUAAAAGCUUUACUCAAGACCAGGUUCAUCAAUUCAUCAGUGAUCUUCACAGCGGCCGUAGCCAGGUCUUGUCUUUCGUUCAUCGUUAUGGAGUCAAGGAUACCGAUGAAGCUGAUGAGGGUCCUGGAUCCGUCAACAUUCGGGCAGCAGAAACGGACGAAGUACAGACCACCGUCGAGGCGUUGACAUCGCAAGGAGUGUCUCUGGACAGCAUUUUGAGCAUCUUCUUGAUCAGAGAAUCCAGAGAGCCCGUAAAGUUUAUCAAGAAGCACCGAAGAGACUUCUCAUGGAACAUGACGGGACCUGGAGGGACCUUUGAGUCGAAAGAUCUAGGCGCAGAAAGGGCAAUAUUUGGCUGGAAGCCAAAUCAGAAAUCGUAUCCAGAUAUCAAGGAGUAA